CCACCACAUGCCUUGUGGCAUAUUGCACAAGAGAGAGUCACAGAUCCCCUUUCAUAUUUACAUGGUUCUUAGAGCAACUGGUCUCACAUCCACACUGUCCUCUGGCCAAACAUGAAGUCCUCUCUGGUGUUCACAUUGAUGUUGACUGGGCUUGUCUCCAUCCUCCCUCAGUCUUCGCCCAGUGACUGUGUGUGUGACCUGAAGAACUCUGAGCACCCCUUUCCUCAUGACAAGCUGCAGACUGUAGAGAACAGUGCCUCAAAGUGCACUAAAAACAUCACUCCACAGCAGGCUAUGGAGGUGGAGGGUCUGUUGCUGGGUCUGAAGAGGCGUCUACCCCAGCUGGAAGCUGAUGUGUCAGUGCUGGAGCAGGAGGACGAUGGGGAUCUGUAUGGGACGGUGUCUCUUCAGGUCAUAGAGAACGAACUGUCUCUGAUCCAGAACCUCAUCGCCAAACUCAACAGUACCACUCACAGCCACCAACGCCUCAACACAGACACUGCUGAACAGCUGCAGAAGCUCAAAGAAGAGAUGGGGAAGCUGGAGAAAUUUGACAACAUGCAGGUGGUCAGGGGAAAGGAGGUUAACAAACGUCUGAGGAGGGACUUGGACCAGUGCCAGAACGGCCACCAUCCUACUGCCCCACCCCCUGAACCUGCACCUGGAAACUGUCCCCUGGGACACCUCCGGAGCGUGACUGGUCCCAACACAUAUUCAGUCACUGAGUAUGGUGCCUCAUAUACUUAUGGCUCCUGGGGUCGCGACCCCAAACCUGCUGCAGGGAAGGAGAGCUGGUUUUGGAUAGUGCCUUUGACUUCAAGCAAUGUCUUCUCUAACUUUGUGAGACUUUAUAGCAGCCUGAGCUCUCUGGUUGUGGGGGUCAGUGUUCCAGGCAGUGUGGCAAUUCACUCCUCCAACCCCACCACCAACACCAUCCAGGGGCCUAACGUUGUAAUGUAUGGGGACGCCCUCUACUACAACUGCUACAACAAGGACGCUGUCUGCCGCUUCAACAUCACAGCAAAAACAGUCACCACCAUGGACCUACCCAAAGGUACUGGGUUCAACAGCAAGUUCAACUUCUGCCAUCUGGAUGCUUGUUAUGGUUACACUGACAUGGACCUGGCUACUGAUGAGUCUGGUGUCUGGGUGAUCUACAGCAGCCCUGAUAACUUUGGUAACCUGGUCCUCGCUGAGGUGAUUCCUGACAGUCCUCCCACCCUGGGCCGGACCUGGACCACUUCAGCUCACAAGCGUGCUGUGACCAACACCUUUAUGGCGUGCGGUGUGCUCUACGCCACGCGGUACCUGAGUAAGGAAGCAGAGGAGAUCUUCUACUCCUUUGAUACUGUGAGUGGCCGGGAGCGUUAUGACAUCAGUAUGGAGAUCAAGAAAAUGUCCACCAACAUCCAGUCCCUCAACUACAGCCCCUUUGACCACAUGCUGUAUGCCUACAGUGAUUCGAUGGUUGUUUCCUACAAGGUUAAUUUUGGGUAAACUUUAUAUAACUUGACAGUGUGUAUUUUGUUGUGUGCAGAUCUUUACCCCCUCCAGCAUCAGUGGAAGCAAGAGAAAAACACAUGGUCAAUAAUUUUUUAUAAAACCAGUGUUGCAAAGAAAUGCAAAUGCAUGAUUAAACAUGUGACUAUGCUGA